AUGUCCACUACAACGGCUUGCAUUGUCUUUAGCUCCGGACUUGUGCAGACCGGAGAUUGCUUGCAACCCGAGAAUGUGAUCCCUGGCCCGCUCAACAAGGUCGCCGCCAACGCGGCUAAGUCAAACCUGUUCCCGCCAAAGUUUAUGACCCAGACUGACGUUGAUCGUCAGUAUCCGGGCGAUCUUCAGCUGUCUAAUCAUGUGGCCUGCUCCCCAUCUUCUUCCACCCCGCCUACAACCUUGACCCGCAUAUCAAGGAACCGCCCCUCCCACGCCGAGAGUGAUGAGAGUCAGUACCUGCAUUAUCUUGGCGGCUUUCUCGGCACCCGUGUAUUCGUUCAAAUCUUGAGCCCGAGUCAAUCCUCUGAGCUUUCAUUUUUCAGUCAAUACUUUAAUGAGAAGAUGAUUUGA